UGUCACUGCUCUUGACCAUACUUGUUGAUAUAACAGUCUUUACAAGGUUUUUUUGUCGAGAGGUAUCAGUGAUGAUAAAAACACUUAAAAAUGCUGGUAUUGGGAUUUUUUUUUUUUUCCCAUUAUAGUAGCUGAAGUACAUAUAAUGCCUUGGUAUAAGUUACCAGCAAAACCUUGAUCAUUAUAAUUGAUUUUUUUCCUCUUUCUUCUUUUCAGGCAACAGUUCUGACCAUGGCGUGUGUAACUCUAAAAAGGUCCUUAGAAUUUGAUCCCCUUCACCACGGUACAUGUACCCCUCGGCCCCACAAGAGGCGGCGUUGUGUGCCCAUGUGUGUGUCGCCUCAGAGUGCUGCAGCUGCUUCUGCUCGCCACACAGAGCCACAGUCACCUUUCUCUGAGGUCACACCCACUCUUACUGCAGAGCAAAUUGCACAAAAUGUGCGUGAAGAGAUCCGGAGGUUAAAGCGACGGAAGAUGCUGCAGUCUGGAGAGCGCAGCAUGGAGUGCGAAGGAGGCUACGAGUCCCCGGCUUCCCCUCCAUCUCCAGCAUCCCCGGCGUCCCCCUCGCUCUCACCGUCUCCAUCUCCAGCACCGUCAUCAAGUACUGGGUUGGGCUCCCUCCACCACCACCACCACCAGCACUCCCAUCAUCCACAUCAUUCUUCUCUUGGAAAGGAUAAGCCUCUCUUCACUUUCAGACAGGUGAAUCUCAUCUGUGAACAACUUCUGCGAGAACGAGAGGUGAAGAUCCGUGAGGAGUAUGACAAGGUAUUGGCUUCCAAAUUGGCCGAACAAUAUGAUUGUUUUGUACGUUUUACUACAGACCAGAUCCAACAGAGGCUCUCUCAGGCUGCCCUACCGAGCUAUCUUUCAUAAGGAAGAGAGAAAUGUUUGAUGUGGACUAUUGUGCCUUGGAAGGUACAAAGGUGGAAGUGGCAUGGUUGUUAAUACCCAAAAGUGUUAACAUUGUACAUAGAAAAUUACCAGGAAGAGAGAUGUGUUCAAGAGUGUAUUUCGUGGUUACUGGCUGAGAUGGAUAUAGAACAAAUAUAUGAUGGUUAAAGCCAAGUGAUAAAAGUUUGGCAGUGUCAGGUUUCAUACUUUGUAUAUCCAUAUCAAUCAAGACUUGGUCAGUCCAAGAUGAAGUCACCUGCAUAACGGAAAGAAAAAUUAGGGGGACUUAAAUGAAGAGUGGCAGCUUGGGUGACAAGUGUAAGGUAACUUCUGGUGCUCAUUGUGUGUGGCAUUCCUCAACCAUAGUGUGUACAUACCCUCUUAACUUGCCUCUCUGUGUGUGGCAGUCCUCAAACACUGAGAAUGCAUGUGUGCAUGCAUGAAUAAGUGUAUGAAUGCUUGAGUAAAUGUGUGACUUUGAGUGUGUGUCUGUAUGGUUGUGUUUGUGUACGUGUGUGGGUGUGUGUACAUAUUCUUAAAUUUGCCUCUCACUUCAAUAAUGCAAGUGGGAGACAUAAAAAUGAAUAAAAAAAACUUCUAACUUGCCUUUUUGACUUAUGAUGCAAGUAGGUAUGAUGAUAUUUUUAACUUGCCUUCCUCACUUUUAUGCUAGUGGGGAUGAUGUAACCUCAUAAAAUGCAGUCCUAUGUAGUUUAUGCUCUUGAGUGAAUGGUAAUUACUUGUGUGUCAUCAUGAGAGAUGAAGUGAAACUAGGAAAAGAAUGAAUGGGUUACUUCAGGUAUAUCAAGAGUUUGAAUUACUGGGCUGAAUCUUGUUAGGGGUUGUGCUGUAUAUUUCAAAAGAAAUUGUCAAGGGUGAUAUAACCUUAAUAAUAGAUCAGUUAUCUCAUGUCUGACAAUGAAUGCCAUUUUGAUGCAAUUUUCACCAUGGGAAGACAUCCAGAACUCGUAUACAUUUUAAAGUCAUUUGCAGUUUUAGAUAUCAGUAAGUAAUCAAAGCAGUUGUAGUGAAUACAAUACCUAUUUCUGUUUCGGUAAAGUAAUAUUUUCAGGCAGUUGGUGUCUUCCUGUGGUAAGUGUCACAAUGGAGGUACUCUUAUAAAAGAGCUCUGGUAUUAACCCACCAUACAAGCCCAUGUCUCACCUAUACUGUUUCACUAGAGAUCUGUUGUAUUAUACUUGACCUAGGCAUAUGAUAGGCUUAUCAUUUUUCUGUUAUACUGUUUACAGAUCAAGAGUUGUAGCUCAUUCUUUUUGUUGUUUUUUUUGUUUAUUAGAUCUUACUAAAUGCAGCAGCCUAUGAAGUUUUUAUCAGAGGCUAAGUUAGAGCUUACCAUUCUGUCUAAACAUCAGUACUAAGCAGAGUUAUUAGAUGCAGUAAUGUUAUUUAUGAAAUUGAUAGCAUUUUUUUCUUUCUUUUCUUUUUUCUUCUUUCUUUUUUUUUUCCUUUUUUUUUCUCUUUUUUUCUUUUUUCUUUUUUCUUUUUUCUUUGUUUUCUUUUUUUCUUUUUACUGGAACCUCAAACUGUAUAUCAUAUGUAUAUUACGUAUAUACAUAUGAUAAGUGAAUUAUUAAAUCCUGACCUUUCUGUGAUGGGAUAGAAGAUAAGAAGACCAUUUACAUUGGAAUGUGAUUUUUUUUUUGAAAGGGUAAUGAUAUACUGAUGACUAAAGAAACUCCUUCUAUGUUCUAAGUUUGUGAAUGUAUAUUGCUGAAGUUGUGCAGAAAUUUUGGACAAGAAAAUCUUUAUUGGUUGUGUAUUGUUUACUUGGCUUUGGUAUGGUUGUGUUUACUAUCAGUUGGCCAAAGAUAUUUUUUGUUCUUAAUUAUUGGACCUUGUAUGACUUUGACCAUAAACAAAAGAUCACCAUUGCAUUUGUAUCCAGACAGUGGGCAUUAGCAUUUCUGUAAUACUUGACAAAUAUUAUCAAGCUUUGAAAUAGGCUAGGUUCUAUUAUCACUGUAUGCAAUAAUGUUAGUAUCUACUGAAGUCUGCAGUCAUGUUUUUCUAUUAUGUUCUGUUGUUUGUGGUUCCAUUGUGAAUGUUCUAUCAUGGUAUGAUCUUUGAUGGUCUGUCUAUUUAUGCUGUUGCCAGAGUGGAUGCAUCAGUUUUUGUUCAGUUCUAGUAAGGAAUUGCCAUUUAUUUUAGUUUUAUAUAUGGAGGUUUCCAGUUUUGUGUUAAUGUAUUUUUCACCAUGCUUAUAUGGGCAGAUGUUUACUGCUAGAGCUGUACUCAAACGGAAUAAUUUUGUAAAAACUAUAUCAAGAGUUUAACCCAACGCCCACGGGUAUCAGAAAUUUAUGAGUGUGGUUAACUCCGUUGAUUUCUGGCAACGUCCUGAUGCUGGGCCCGGGAGUCCCCUACGUGUAUCGGAACUUCACGCUCCACGCACUCUGGCAUGUCGCAGCGCGUACAGCCAUACCCUGCAGACCAAGCGGUAUGUCUUAAUGCCUGUACACGUGACCCAUGGGGAUGGGUUAGACGAUAAUAACUGGACUAUGAUAAAUAUGGGUUGUAGUGAUUAAUAAUGCUACAGUUUGGACCAGUUGAUCUUCAGGUGGUAUGACGGGAAAGUGAUUGGCCUCAGGCCGUCCCUAUUAUUAUGUGUUGUGUCUGAUGUGGGUCAUGUGUACUUUUAGCCAUAAUAAGGUGUUAGGUUGAAAGGGUUACCUUCUGGUGUAGCCAGGAGAACUUGCAUACAGUGAGAUUUGAAUGUAGUGCUAGAUGACAUGAACCUUGAGCUGACUGUUUCACUGUAACAAGUUAUAUCUAGUUUAGGCUAAGUUUUUAUAUAAAAUCAUGAGACUUAUAGUUUCAUGUCUUGUAGCCAGAGUACAGUCACACAUUAUAUGUACUCUGUACUGCCUGAAAUCUUAUGUACAUAGUAUUGCCACACAUCAUGUGUACAGUGUACUGUUACAUCCUGUAUAAGGUUUACUGCCUCAUAUUGUAUACAUUAUUUUGUCAUAUGUGUGCAUUGCCAUGUCUGUUGUCUUCAUAAGUUUGUUGACAACUAUGUACAGUUGUACAUCAGAUGUGAAUGUAUUUUGCUUCAUAUCAGACAUGAACAGUGUAUUGAUGCCAACCACAUAUGUACAAUGUAGCUUCAUUCAAAUGUGAACAUUGCAUUGCUGCAUAUCAAAUAUUAAAAGUAUGCUGUUUCAUAUUGAAUGUCCAGUGUACAUCUGCACAUCAAAUGUUUACAGUAUAUUCUUACACAUUGUGCUUAUGAAUGCAGUUCUUUUUUGUUCUAUUUAUUUUUUAUUAUUGUGAUCCUGCACGGGUAUGUGCAAGUCACUACAUCAUAAUGUGUACUGCAUUGAUGCACAUCAGAAGUUUAUAAUGUACUAUUGCACAUCAAAUGUGCUCACUGUUCUGAUGCACAUCUUAUGUACAGUGUACUGCAGUGUAUUUAUAGUUACUACUGCACACCUUGUAUAAAUUGUGCCACCACACAUGUGGGUUAUGUACUGAUGUAGAUAUAUGCAGUACAGAUAAGUAAGCAGGACUUCUUGUUGCAUAUUCAUUGUCAAGUAUUGUUAAAGCAGUUAGUCUGCAUUUAUGUGUUGAUCUUGGUGACUUGGGUGCUUGUCAGCAAGCAGUUAGUUAUUAGCAGAUUUUCUUUGUUUUACUGUUAUCAGAAUAUGUUGCGCAGCAGACAACUACUCACCGCAGACAAAUUUCAGAUUCUUACGUAAUGGUAUUUUUAUUGUUUUUUUGUUAUUGAAAGCUGACCUUGACCUUAGAUAAGAAGUAGAUCACUUUAUUUUUGCAUUAUAUGUGUUUGAAAUUUAAUGUCCAGUUUUAUUAAAGAGUGAUCUAAGAUUUUUUUUUAUGAAGACUGAGAUUGUGAAAUAUUUGUUUAUCAGAUAGUUUCAUGAAUAUUCUCAUUUGUGUUAAGGAUGUGUGUUUUUUGUUUUAAGAAGCAUCUCUUUAUUUUUAUCUUUAUAAAGGCAAAUGUGUUUAUUAGGAUCAUUUAUUUUGCAAUAAUAUGCAAAAAAAGUCUUGGUGAGAAAUGAUGGGAAAAAAAUUUAAUUUGUGAUAAAGAAUUAUGCAAUAGAUGGUGUAGAAUUAGUGGCCAUCACUUUUUUUAUUUUUAUUUUUCCAUUUUCAUUUCAUUUCCAAUAAAUUUUGAACACCACAUUACCGCAGACAUGUACACUGUUUGGCCAACUUUAAACUGCUUAGACAAGGGGAAAAAAAUGUAUGUCUCUGAAGAAGGAGCUUUGAUGAGCUGCCUAAUAGUGUGGUAAACUCGUGAAGUUUUUGAGGAGAUGUCACGAAGGAUGUUGUGUGACAAAGUAAAGGUCAGAAUUUAUUUAUUAACUUAUUUUCUGCUUUUAUUUUAUGUAUUUUUUAAGGAGAAAAAAAUCCUGUAAGAAUAUGAUUUGAUUUGCAUGAACUCUUAAAAGUAAGGAGUAAUUGUUUACUAUUUAUUUUCUUCUUCUCACUUUUUUACUGUAAUUGCAUUACAAAAUAUACUUGUUAAUGGGAAAGUAAAA